ACAUGUCAAUACUAUUUACCAUCGCUAACGUUUAUUACAUUAUAUUCUUCCAACCCUCCUACGACCUCUUUAAAUUCCAUUAAUUACAACGAGUACUAAAGAUAAUUUAGCACCCUUAUUAACCUUAAUUAAUUCUUCGAUAAAAAGACGAAUACAAAUUUAUUUAUUAAUAAAUCGUUAAGCGAAAAGCAUGCGCAUGAACAUGAUUUUAGAUAGCUGUGAAUUAAUAUCCUUUAAACUGUAUAGAAAAAAAAAAAAAAAGAAAAGAAAAAAAGAAAAGUUAAAUUAUCGAUUUUCCUUCUUGUAGAGAAUUUGACCCUUUGGUAAUAAAGACGUCAUUGCCUAGCUAUUGUUUAAUAAUAAUCGUAGGGAAGUGAACUUUCUUGAACUGGGUCAAUCAAUAUAUGAACCUCUUUUUCUUUCUCUCUCUUUCUCUCUCUCUCUCUCUCCUCAUACGAUACAACCCUCUUUAGUUACGGAGAUGCGCGUGUGAAAAUUCCUUUCAGUGCGCGUAAAAUUUGUUCUCCGCCCAGCUCAAAGAUGUCUGAUAAUUUAACAAUCGCUGAGAUUCCAGAGGAUCGUUUCGCCGAUGCAAUUAAUCAUUUGAAAUGGAACUUCUUCGCGGAUGAACCAUUGAAUCAUGCUAUUGGAUUAUGCAAAAAAGGAGAAUCUCAUUUCGAACUCGAGAGACAUUGUCUAUUGACUUUGAAGCAGGGAUACUCCAGAAUGCUAGUGACCGAAAAUGGAACUAUAGCAGGUAUGGCUCUAAAUGGUGUCUUGAACGAGGAGGAAAGGGAUGAAGCCAGUCGACGACUUGAGGAGAUAGAUGACAAACAAUUUAAAAAGAUUUUCGGACAGCUCUAUAAAGUUAACAAAAAGGUCAAUCUAUUUUGGAAAUACAACGUGCAGGAAUUAUUCGAAUGUCGUAUUUUAAGCGUCGACGAAAAUUUUCGCGGGAAAGGCUUGGCAAAUGUCUUGAUGUCGGAUAGUCUUGAAGUUGCAAGGAAAGCUGGUUUCAAGGUAUUUAAGGCCGAUGCAACUGGUAUGUAUUCUCAAAAAGUUUGUUUAAAGCAUGGCUUUCAAGUCGAAGCAGAGAUUCCUUACACGGAUCUUCCGGAGAACAUCAGACCGGAACCACCUCAUCAAGCAGUAAAACUGAUGGUAAAACUGUUGCAUUAGACAGGUAUAUUAUCCUAUGUAAAGUAUAUGUAUCGUUGUGACAAUAACAGUUCUCUAAUAUACUUGUUGAUGACGUAAAAAGAUGCAUAUAUGUCUAUACAAUAAUUAAAUGUGGAAAAGCUGGAGCACGCAUUUUGCUUAGAACGUAUAAAUCAAUAAUCCAAAAAAUCAUUUACUGGCCCUGGUCUAUGUGUUCCAAGCAAAGUUAUAAAAUUCUGAGCUCAACAAUUCUAAUAACAACUAUUGACGAUCGUUUUUACAUAUUGUUGAUUCAGGAAAGUUAAAAAAAUUAUUGAUUCUAAUUCUGCUUAACAAAGGGGUUGCGUAUGUAAAAUGUCUAUAUAUAUAUAUACAUAUAUAUAUAUAUACAUAUAUAAUAAAAUAUCUAUAUAUGAAUUCGUUAAAUAUUAUAAGAGAUUAUAUCAUAAUGAUGUGUACAUCACUAAAGACAAUAGUCUGAUGGAAAGUUAUAAUAUAUAAGCAUAUAAUGAAAAAUUAUUUGUUUUCUAAUGGCAAUAUACGAAAACGAAAGAGACAGUAUAUAACGUUUAACGUGUUUCAAAAAACAAACUUACGUUUUCGUUGCAACCGUUGGUAAAGCACGAGACACAGAAAGUUUACAUGAUCUGUACAUUUUAUCUCUCGAACAAAACGAAAAAUUUAAUGUACAGUAAGAUAUACGAAUAUAAAUACGAAUUACAAGAUGACGGGUCCAUUCGCAAAUAAUUAUACAAAUUAUGAGAAAUAGUAUUUUUGUCGGUGUCACGUGUUAUGAGAAAUGUAUACAUUAUUUUGUAAGAAUAUCCGCCAAAUAAAGUUUAUAAUAAUUUA